GUUGAGGAGCCGAAUCAUUCCAGAGCAGUCAAUAGUCAAGUGGUCUCAGAUCAUCGAUGAAAUGGAAGAUCAGUACUGUGCUGUUAUUCGAGAAGAGAGGUUUCAUUUCUCAUCAUUCAAAGAACUUGCUAUUCAUGCAUUGAUCAACUUAAGGUUUUUAGGUGCUUUCAGGGAAGACAGAGAUCUAAGAAAAGCUGAAGUGGAAUUUGCAAAGGCGGAGAACAUGACUGAACAAAGCGAUGAAAUAUAUGCACGCCCAAAGAGGACUUGGUUCAUGAUAGAGAAGGAGAUGAAGCUCGUGGCUAAAGCUGAAAAGGAUUCUGCAGGGAACCCUUGUGGAAACGAACUAAUUAGUGCUGAUAUAGCAGAAGACCUCGUAAUCAUUUAUCCUCAUAAUCUUCUUCCUAGAGAACUUACAAUAUUCAGGAUACCGUACUUGACAAGAAACCCAAUGAGAGGAAAAAGUAACAAAUGCAAGUACACACCAGUGUUGUCUUUGCUAAGGAAACAUACUACAAUUUGUAUAAUUAUCCCUGGAUCAGAAAUCUUGCAGGCGGGUAAACCUGAAAAAAGAAAAAGAACAAGAGUAAGUAACAAUACCUAAUCUCAACAUUUAUACCAAA